AUGAGAGCCCAAGGUCUCCUUCUCCUGGCAGCACUGUUGGUCCUGGGCAGCGAGCUGCCUGGUGCAGAAGGCCGGAGGAAGGGUGAGAGGUCAGGGGGCUGCCCACCAGAUGACAAAGCCUGCCGUCCAGGCGGCCUAAACCAGUGCCUGAUGGAUAAACAUUGCCCACGGGGCGAGAAGUGCUGCCUGCAUUCCUGCUUCCUCCAGUGCAUGCCCAAAGUCAAUGUCAAGUUGGGCCAGUGCCCCACAGACCCACUGCAAUGCCUCAGCGCCACCCAGCACCUGUGCGAACAGGACAAGAACUGCUCUGGCUUGAAGCGAUGCUGUCAGACAGCCUGCGGUCGAGACUGCAGGGACCCUGCCAGAGGUGCCUCUCUUACCCCACAGAGGAGAAAGGGUCCUUGGCCUGGUUUCUCCUCCCCAGGGCUGCUAACAAUGGCUGGCCAGUGGGACUUUCUCACAACAGCUGGGGUUGGCGGGGGAGUAAAGGGCCAAACGGGGCAUUUCCUUGGGGGUGAUGAGAGCCAUGCCCAGAAGCCUGGGGUUGGCCCGUGGUGGAGGGGAAAGCCAUAG